UAACGUUGUAUCAUACCUGUUUGACCUGAAACAAGGCUAUCCUUGUCAAAUCAGGAUCAUGAUGACCUGGACCUGCGCCCCAGCACAUCAUUUUGACCGGAUCCCUUCCACAGCUCCUCUUUAUAUAGGCUGAUACGUUAGCUUUGCUAUGCAGAUGCCAGGCAUGUCCAGCGCUAACCUUACAACAAGUCAGCGUAUAAAGGAGCAAGGGGCUACUAGUGUUUUAAAAGCCAGACCUCAAGCUGUACUAGUAGUGUGCCGCAUCUUGCAAUCCAUCUGAAUCCUCUUGAAUGUCUUCGACCUCAUCACUUUUCGACCCUCAAGCAAUGGCACUGGAUAAUUCAAGUGCUACCAGCUUAUCUUCCUGUGACUACUCGUCCUCUGCAGAAACAGAACCCAGCGAGGUCGAGCUUCCGCCAACCUACUCUCCUUCGCCUCCACCAGAUUAUUCAUCAAAACCUCAAGCUGGUGAACAAUGUGUUGCACGGACUUCACGACGCCGUAGGGCCUCGGAAAAUCGCUCAUUUAUCACCUACAAGAAGCCUAAAAUCCAGCUCAGUAUUAAAAACUGCAACAAAGUUGAUGGCCUCCCUACUUAUGGUCAAGGCGGCUGUAUACAAGGUGAAAUCACCUUGGAUGAGCGGGAUACAAUUCUAUCGGUGGCAGUCAAGCUCGAAGGCGCAGUAUCUGUGACUCCCAACUGGGCUGCGGGCCCACUCAACUCUGUCCUAUUUUCUAACAUGUAUACUCUAUGGAACAGUGAAACAUCUCUCACCGAUGUUUGCCCUAGCAUCGUCCCUUUCUACGUCCCAUUUCCCUUGGCCUAUAUGGAUCGUGUUCAACAACGCAUGCGCCCUCUACCUCCAACAUGUUCAAUAGCCUGGGGAGGCGCAAUUUCCUACUACAUAAUCACUGUAAUUGUAACAUUUAAAUCGUGGAAGCUACCUCUCAUCAACAGACUCGCAAAGGUAUCAUGGUUGACUGCUCGGCUGCGGUAUCAUCCCAUCAUACGCCCUCCUAGACCCAUGUUACUAUCAAGUACCCUGAGCACCUAUCUCCAAUAUCCCGACGAAUGGCAUCACGAGCCGUGGUCUCUAAAAUGGCCAUCAUCAGGCUCCGAGGGAGAGACUUUGGAAUGUCAUAUGUAUAUUCCUUCAGUACGAGUUUUCGUAACUUCAGAAGCAAUACCAUUCCAUCUCCAUCUAAGAGGCCUGUCAUCCACCAUUGACUCGUUAAUGCGGUCGACAAAAUCUUCAUCAAGAAAAAAAGGCUCAGAUAUAUAUUCACUUCGAGUCUCCUUGGUUCGUCAAACCUCCAUCUCUUUCCGAGGGUGGAAGACUUGCGGUCAUCACGUGCUCGAUGAGUGGAAGUUGGAGUUGCAGCCUUCUGCCACGCUCUUGGAUGACACCUCAUCGGAUUUAAAUUUUACUACAAGAGACUGGACCGGGGAACUAGCUUUUGAAAAAAGCGUAGAAACCACCGGAUUUACCACGGGCGAACUAUCUGUCAAGGAUUACAUCAGGCUGUCCUUGGUAACCAAAGAUUCAGCUGCAUCUACGCUAUCCCACGCUAUCCCUAUCCGCCUAGUCACGGAACACUGCGUCUAUGCUUGACAUGCUAAUGAAAUCAGUAACCCAGAAAGACAACUAUAAUAAUUCAACCAUACGCCGAUAUACUUAUUGAUUAAUUAUGAUUACUGCUCUUUUGAUUAUUUACGGAACGGAAGGACAAUAUGUAUACCAUCUCAAGUGAGAUACAACAUCGGUUGGAAGAUCUUGGUAGCAAUUGUGGGGACAUGUAUGAGCAAAUCGAGAAAUACAAUCGAUAGAUGUACCAAUAAACUGAGAGCGCGGUUUACAUGUAUGAGAAAAUUGUUAGUUUGAAUUGAUGCAUGAUAUCAUUUACUUAGGUAACCAGGAUGACUGCGGGUCCAUAGUAGUGGGAUUCUGUCGCGGGGACAUGGGAGGCGUAUCAUCUAACUCCCAUGUGCCUGGGAUAAGUGCUAUAGGAAGGAUCCAUGUCGCAGUUAGGAUCACUCCAUACCCUUUAUCAAAAGACUUGACACCUGACCAACCCCAGGCGAUAAACCCUCCGAUAUAUCCCAGAUAAGGGACUAGUCGUUUCAAGACUAACAUGGCGGGAUGUAGCUGAGGAGGCAUGAGAGUUACAGGCAGGUGAUCUAAUAGCCACUUCAAUGCCGCCGUUAUC